AUGGGGCUAACAAUUAGUACCCCAUACCGAAGAGAAGACGACCCUCAUACCUACGAGGGAUUUGAAGAUCCAAAACCAUGGCGAGUGGCCAAUCAUUUUCGAUACGCCAGCCGUCCUCUAAAGCCACAUUCAAUUAUGUCAUCUGACUCAAAUCUGGCCUGA